AUGCUGCUUAAUUUUGUCAAAGGAUGCACUUCAUUUGAAAGCAUUAGAAGAAUAAAUGGAGUAACGCAUGACAAUUAUAAAGAUGCAUGCUACGCUUUAGGAUUACUAGAAGAUGAUAAAGAGUGGAAUGAUUGCUUGGCUGAGGCUGCACUUUGGGUAACAAGAAAUGAGUUGAGAAAUCUCUUUGUGACGAUACUUAUUCACAGUCAAGUAACUGAUUAUAGAAAAAUUUGGAAUACCAACUUUGAGAUUUUAUCAGAAGAUAUAAUAUCAUUACAGAGAAAGAGAUUUCGAUUGAAAGAUUUACAGUUGACAAAAAAACAACUUGAAGCAUAUACAUUAUUUGAGAUUGAAAGCAUCCUAUUGAAGAUGGGAAAAAGUUUGAAAGACAUAGAUAGAAUGCCACUCCCAGAUUCAGCUUUACUAAAUAAUGCCGGAAAUCGUCUUAUCAACGAGGAGCUAGAGUAUGACAAAGAUGCUCUAAAGAUAGUGCAUGACCAAUCAUUCGCUCUGUUAAAUGCUCGCCAAAAGUCAGCGUAUGAAGCAAUAAUAAAUUCAGUUGAGAAGGAAGAAGGCCGUUUAUUAUUUAUAAGUGGACAUGGUGGUACUGGGAAGACAUUUCUAUGGAAUACAAUAAUAGCCAAGAUAAGAUCACAAUCAAGAAUAGUUCUCACUGUUGCUACUUCUGGAAUAGCUGCUUUGUUAUUACCAAAUGGUAGGACAACUCAUUCACGGUUUCAUAUUCCUUUGGAUGUUAGCUCAGAGUCAACUUGUGAAAUAAAACAAGGCAGUCAAUUAGCUGAACUUCUCUUGAAAACUUCCUUGAUCAUUUGGGAUGAAGCGCCAAUGGCAAAUAAAUUUUGUUUUGAAGCCUUAGACAAAACCUUGAGAGAUAUCCUCCGAGUGAGGUAUGAAAAUAGCUCUGACAAAUCUUUUGGAGGCCUUACAAUUGUAUUUGGUGGUGAUUUUCAUCAAAUACUACCAGUAAUUCCAAAGGGUACACGAGCUGAUAUUGUUGAUACGUCACUAAACUCCUCUUACUUGUGGCUAUUUUUCACAAUUUAUGAGUUGAAGCAAAAUAUGCGUCUCUAUAGUGGAAGAGUAAGUGAUUCUGAGGCUGCUAAAAUAUCGACUUUUGACAAAUGGUUGCUACAAAUUGGAGAUGGCUCAUUUUACGAUGAUAUUAAUAAGGAACUUAUUAAAUUACCUCCUGAUGUAUGUAUCAAACCAUCCAAUGAUCCAAUCGGAUCAAUUGUCGAGGCAGUUUACCCAUCCCUCUUGCAGAAGUACAAUGACCCAACAUAUUUGAAAGAAAGAGCAAUACUAACGCCAAAAAAUAAAAUGGUUCAUGAGUUGAAUGAUACAAUUAUGAAAAUGCUACCAGGUGAAGGAAGAACAUAUUUUAGCUCAGACAAUGUGUGUAAAGCAAGUGUGAAUACUAAUGAUGAAGAUCUGUUGUACCCAACUGAAUUUUUGAACAGCUUACGGUUCCCUGGAAUCCCUAAUCAUGAUGUACAUUUAAAAGUAGGUACCCCAGUUAUGCUUCUCAGAAACCUAAACCAAAGUGAAGGCCUAUGCAAUGGAACAAGAUUGAUUGCCAUGGAUCUCGGCAAAUGGUCCGCCAGCGCAAACAUCAUUUCUGGAAAAAACAUUGGCUCGAGAGUCACAAUCCCAAGAAUAAUUAUGUCACCUAAUGAUUCAAAGUGGCCAUUCAAGCUUAAGAGACGAUAA